UUUUCAGAAGCAACCUAGGUUCAAGGAAGAGAAGGAAGUGAGGGGGAAGCCUGAGGUGGAGGCGGGACCAAGCAAAUCGUAACCCGCAUUGGUUCAUUAGAGACCGAGGGGCGGCUCUUGGACGGUUCUUACUUGUGAUUAGAAGGAACAGGGAGCGGGUACCUACGAAAAGCCUCAGAAGAGCCUGCUUUCUUUGGUAAUCCUUGAGGGAGGUGGAGCGUCUGCGGCAGCUGAUUGCCAGCUGUUGAACUGAGAUGGCUCAAGCCUGACAUUCCAUGAUCUGGGAUACUGACAGAUGUGCACAGGCUGCUGCUGUUGCUGCUGUGGGUGAUUUAAAAACACCAGGCAGUCUAGGGCCUGAAGAGGCAUUCCCUCUGCCUGGAUGUGUGGGAACUCCCUGCCAACUUGAUUGGUGGAUCGAGGGGGGGGGGUAUUCACCCCCACCCCACGAAGAAAGCAUAUUCCAUUUUGUGGGUGAGGCUUCAGGUGCCAGCCCCUGAAAGAUGGCUACCCCUGUGGUCACCAAGACAGCCUGGAAGUUGCAAGAGAUUGUCGCCCAUGCCAGCAAUGUGUCCUCGCUGGUGUUGGGCAAAGCUUCGGGACGGCUUCUGGCCACGGGUGGGGAUGACUGCCGAGUCAACCUGUGGUCCAUCAACAAGCCCAACUGCAUCAUGAGCCUGACUGGUCACACGUCCCCAGUGGAGAGUGUCCGCCUCAACACUCCCGAGGAGCUCAUUGUGGCUGGCUCGCAAUCGGGCUCCAUCCGCGUCUGGGACCUGGAAGCUGCCAAAAUUCUUCGCACACUCAUGGGACACAAAGCCAACAUCUGCAGCCUGGAUUUCCACCCCUAUGGCGAGUUUGUGGCCUCUGGUUCCCAGGAUACGAACAUUAAGCUCUGGGACAUCAGGAGGAAAGGCUGUGUGUUCCGGUAUAGGGGCCACAGCCAGGCUGUGAGGUGUCUCCGGUUCAGCCCGGAUGGGAAAUGGUUGGCAUCGGCCGCAGAUGACCACACAGUGAAGCUCUGGGACCUGACUGCUGGCAAGAUGAUGUCCGAGUUCACUGGCCACACAGGGCCUGUCAACGUGGUAGAGUUUCACCCCAACGAGUACCUCCUGGCCUCUGGCAGCUCUGACAGGACGAUCCGUUUUUGGGAUCUGGAGAAGUUCCAGGUGGUGAGCUGCAUUGAAGGAGAGCCAGGGCCUGUCAGGAGCGUCCUCUUCAACCCGGAUGGCUGCUGCCUGUACAGCGGCUGCCAGGACUCACUGCGCGUCUAUGGCUGGGAGCCUGAGCGCUGCUUUGAUGUGGUCCUCGUCAACUGGGGCAAGGUGGCUGAUCUGGCCAUCUGCAAUGACCAGCUGAUAGGCGUGGCCUUCUCCCAAAGCAACGUCUCCUCUUACGUGGUGGACCUGACACGGGUCACUAGGACAGGCACAGUGGCCCAGGACCCCGUGCAAGACAGCCGGCCCCUGACAGAGCAGCAGCCCCACCCCAGUGCCCCACUCCGGCGUAUCUAUGAACGGCCCAGCACAACCUGCAGCAAGCCCCAGAGGGUGAAGCACAACUCAGAGAGCGAGCGCCGCAGCCCCAGCAGCGAGGAUGACAAAGAUGAGCGCGAGUCCCGGGCUGAGAUCCAGAACGCCGAGGACUACAAUGAGAUCUUCCAGCCCAAGAACAGUAUCAGUCGGACCCCACCCCGAAGAAGCGAGCCCUUCCCAGCACCCCCUGAGGACGACAUGGCCACAGUGAGGGAGGCAGCAAAGCCGAGCCCAGACAUGGAUGUACAGUGCCCAGUGCCAAUCCUCGAGGUCCCGGCUCAGCCCCCAGUCCUCACAUCCACGCCUACCCCCAAGGGUGAGCUCUCCAUCAUCCCUGCCACUCGGAACGAGCCCAUUGGGCUGAAGGCCUCCGACUUCCUGCCUGCCGUGAAGAUCCCCCAGCAAGCAGAGCUGGUGGAUGAAGAUGCUAUGUCACAGAUCCGCAAGGGCCAUGACACCAUGUGUGUGGUGCUUACCAGCCGCCACAAAAACCUGGACACUGUGCGGGCUGUGUGGACCACAAGUGACAUCAAGUCGUCAGUAGACUCUGCCGUGGCCAUCAACGACCUGUCAGUGGUGGUGGACCUCCUGAACAUAGUCAACCAGAAAGCCUCCCUGUGGAAGCUGGACCUGUGCACCACUGUCCUGCCGCAGAUCGAGAAGCUUCUGCAGAGCAAGUAUGAGAGCUAUGUCCAGACAGGCUGCACUUCCCUGAAGCUGAUCCUGCAGCGCUUCCUGCCCCUGAUCACAGACAUCCUGGCUGCCCCGCCCUCCGUGGGUGUUGACAUCAGCCGUGAGGAGAGGCUACACAAGUGCCGGCUCUGCUACAAGCAGCUCAAGAGCAUCAGCGGCCUCAUCAAGAGCAAGUCCAGCCUGAGCGGCCGCCAUGGCAGUGCCUUCCGGGAGCUGCACCUGCUCAUGGCUGCUUUGGACUGAGGGACUCAGUGGGCGGGGCACCAAGCAGCCCUCAGGGCCUGGCCUCCCCCCUUUGCCUGUGCCCACUAGCCCAGGAGCCUCUGCCCGGUGUCUGCUACUGCCAGAGGCCAUCCUGGAGGUGGCGGAGUGGGCCCUGACCGUGUUCCUCCUUCAACAGCUGCCCAGCUUUGCCCAACUUGUUUCUUGGGACAGCAAACACAGCCCCGGGGCUGCUGCUAUAAUUUAUAGGCAGGUUUUAUUAAAUUUGUAACUGUUCCCUGUUUUGUUGUGCAAGGGGCAUCCUCUGGCCAUGCAGCUCACCCAUGAUGGCCUGCUGUGCCAGGCUGUGUGGCCAGGAGGGGGCAGCAGAGUGACAGGUGUGCCAGCUUAACUCUGAGUGUGAAAGGGGAGGCAGUUAAGCCCCCCACACUAGGAAACAGAUGAGGCUAUCAUCCAUCUCUGCCACCCUGCCAGAGGUCCUUGAGUCCCUGCAAGAUUCCAGGACCUCAGCCUUAUAGACAUGGCCACCAGUAGGCUGGUACAAGGCCAGAAGGGUAGGUGCACCUUCUGCUGAGGGCUCCAGACAGCUUCUGUUCCCUCCAGGAACCCCUGAGGCUGCAUGGUGUCAGGGUCAGGAGGGGUACCGGGGGAGUGUCGAGUGUCGGGCUCAUCUCUGGCCAGUUUAAUCAAGGAAAGUCUGGGCUGGAAAGAGGGCAGGUUGGAGCUCCUGCAUGGUAUGAGCCUCAGCAAGCCUUAAAGCUCUCUGGGGCUGUAGUUUCCCACUUAUCACAUGGAGAUGACACUAUGGGAUAAGCAGAUAUUGCAGCACACAGUAGGUACCUCAUAAGGGUAACCUUGACCAUAAACAGAAGGCAGCCCUUACUCUGGGGCAGAGACAAUGAUGACACCCAGGUUCCCUGGUUCAGGCCGUUAUUCCUACCUGAAGAAGAUGGGCUCUGAAAGCCCAUAGGUGACCAGCCAGUGCUCCAUCCCCUGAGACCAACACUUUCAAAGGACACUUGUGUAAAAAGGUUUUUAUUUUAAUAAAAAUGGCUAAGCUUC